AUGUCUUUGAAUCCUAAAACAUCUGUAGAUUUUAUUAGUAUUGGUUGCAAUCGACUCCCUCAAGUUGCAGCUUGGGGACCUGACGGUUUGCUUAUCUAUGGUGCGCAUAACCUCAUUGCCUUGUAUUAUCCGCAGGAUGAAACAAAUAAAGGUGUUUUUGCCACAUUACCUGGACAUACGGGUCGAGUAAAUUGUGUCGAAUUCAUCAAUCGAGGAAAUGGAUUAAAUCAGAGAAAUAUUGCCAUCAUUUCCGGGUCUGCUGAUAAAACUGGCCGUAUUUGGAAAAAAAGCUCGGAUGGCCAGUGGGUGAAUUCCGCUGUGCUUUUGGGACACGAAGGCGCUAUCACUACUGUUGGUGUUAUGCGUGCAAAGUCUAUCUUGGUCGAGAAGGACCUGUUUGCUACAGGAUCGGCUGAUGGCAAAAUAAAACUAUGGGAAAGAACUAUUGAGCAUGCACAAGAUAAAAUCGAAUGCAUUCAAACAAUCAAUGUGGGAGUAAAAUAUCCGCUAGCAUUGGCUUUGUCAUAUCUCCCUGAAUCUAAUGUUCCCAUAAUGGCAUGUGGAAGUACGGAUAAAAGGAUAUCGAUAUAUGUUCAGAAAAAUGGGCAGUUUCAUCAAACUCUUUCGUUGCAAGGCCAUGAUAAUUGGGUCCGAUCCCUUGCAUUUGCAAUAAACACAAAACCUUCAGCGCUUCCAGAUUCAUCUUUGGAAUCAUCUCCGUCAUUUCAUUAUCACUAUAAAUUACGCGAUGGAGAUCUUUUAUUGGCCAGUGCUUCUCAGGAUAAAUAUGUGCGAAUUUGGAAAAUAUCGAGUACUACUUUGAUUUCUAAUAAUGCGCUAGAUCAACCAGCUGAUAUUGGAAUUUUAUCCAGUGAUAUUUUUACGAAAUUGAAAGAAAACGUAAGAUCGGAUGGUAAAAUACAAAUAAGUACCAAAGCUCACUUCAUAGAUGUUGACAUAUUUGAAAACGGUGAAGAGAACUCAAGGAAACAACGAUAUAGUGUUAUGUUCGAAGCGUUGCUUAUGGGACAUGAUGAUUGGGUCUAUAGUGUCUGCUGGCAUCCUCCUAUCCCUGACCCAGAAAACAAAUCAAAUUAUUAUCAACCAAUGGUUCUUCUUACUGCAUCGUCUGAUAAAUCUAUGAUGCUGUGGAAACCGGAAACUGAAACUGGUCAAUGGGUCAAUGUGGUCCGAGUUGGAGAAAUUGGAGGAUAUGCUCUAGGGUUUUUUGGGGGCUUAUUUGGCCCGGAUGGAAAAUGUAUCAUUGCUCAUGGACACACCGGCGCAUUUCAUCUUUGGAAAAAUGAAGUAUUUGAUGAAGAUAGCCAGGACUGGCGUCCUCAAGUUUCCAUUAGUGGUCAUUUCAAUUCUGUUCAAAGCAUAACAUGGGAUUGUACAUCUGAAUAUUUAUUAUCUGCUAGCUUGGAUCAAACCGCUCGACUUUUUGCUCCAUGGCGUCGCCUAUCAAAUCCAGAACUUCAUGAAUCGAUUUCUACUUGGCAUGAAAUUUCUCGCACACAAAUACACGGAUAUGAUAUUCAUUGUAUUUCAUUUGUUAAUCGUUGGACUUAUAUCAGCGGCUCAGAUGAAAAAGUAUUGCGAGUAUUCGCGGCUCCAAAAACCUUUGUUCAUUCUUUAGCCAAACUGUCUCAAAAUGAAGCUAUUUUGGAAGAAUUGGAAUCACGUCCUGUUGGAGCUAAUCUACCCGCCUUAGGUUUAUCCAACAAAGCGAUAUCUCAAGGUGAUAUCGAGAAUUUUGUCAAAGCUGCUGAAUCCGAAGAGUUUCUGAGUCGUCAAAGCUACAGUCAUUCAUCAGCAACACCAAAUUCAUUGGUUCAAGUUUUGGAAAAACCCCCAUUCGAAGAACAUUUAUUGCAACAUACUUUAUGGCCAGAGAUCGAUAAAUUGUAUGGUCACGGGUAUGAAAUUGUUAGUGUUGACUCUAGUCAUGAUGGAAAAUAUAUUGCCUCCUCAUGCAAGUCAACAUCUCCCGAGCACGCUGUUAUUCGGCUCUAUAGCACUGAUACAUGGAAAGAGUUCCCGCAACCACUCCAAUCUCACUCAUUAACAGUUACUAAGCUUAAAUUUUCUCACAAUGAUAAAUAUUUGUUGUCCGUUUCUAGAGAUCGUUUUUGGUCUCUUUUCGAGCGCUGUUCACAAGUUCCUCCUUAUAAAUUGGUUGCCAAGAAUAAAGUUCACACGCGCAUCAUUUGGGAUUGUUCUUGGACUCAUGAUGAUAAAUCUUUUGCGACUGCAUCACGAGAUAAAACGGUUCAUAUAUGGACAUUGACAAGUGAAGCGACAGAGUCUAAACAGAACCAGUGGAUUCUCAUAGCUACAUUAAAAUUAACCGAGGCAAUUACAGCGAUUGAUUUUGCCCCGAAUUCAAUUGAUGGCCGUUAUAUUUUGUGUAUUGGGGCUGAGACGGGAAAAAUACAUUUAUACAGUUCAGAGCCAAACGAUGUGAAGAAAUGGAGUAUGAUAAAAGAGUUUGAAACAGAAUUUGGUCAUGUCGCUAGUAUCAAUGGUUUGACAUGGUGUCCACGCACUAAUUCUAAUUCAGAUGUGUGGCAAUUAGCAAGUUGUGGAGCUGAUUGGUCUGUUCGGAUUUUCAAUGUUGAAUUUAAAAAAUCUUAA